CCAUGGAUUAGUUUGUCCUGGCUCUGGUGCCUGAGUGUUGGCAUGGUGCUGCAUGUGGUUCUUGUCAUUUUGAGCCUCUCGCCACUUCUGGAGGCCCAGAACCCAGAACAUGCCAACAUCACAGGCACGGCUAUUACCAACGACACACUGAUCUGGCUCUCUGGCAAAUGGUUUUACAUCGGCUCUGCUCUACGCAACCCCGAGUUCAAACAGGCAGCUCAAAAGAUACAGGCAGAUUAUUUUUACUUUACCCCCAACUUGACAGACGACACCAUCCUGGUCCAGGAGUACCAGACCACGGAGGACCGGUGUGUCUUUAACUCCAGCAAGCUGGAAGUCCAGAGAGAGAAUGGGACUCUGUCCAAAUUUGGUGAGAGCCAGCACUCAUGUGGGUCAGAGGAAGCAGCAGAAUAUGUUGGCCACCUGAAAGUGUCCAUGAAACAUAGGGGCUUCAUGCUUGCCUUUGCCCUGGAAGACAAGAACAACUGGGGACUGUCUUUCUACGCGAACAAGACAGAUAUUGCCCCAGAGCUUCUUGAGGAAUUCCUGAAAGCUGUCAAAAGUCUGGGAAUGGACGAGUCAGAAAUCAUAUAUGCUGACUGGAAAAAGGAUAUGUGCAGUCAGCAGCAGAAGCAGCGUGAGCCAGAGAGAAAGAAGACAGAGGAGGGUCCCUAGGAAGGCCAGGCGUGAACGGGCUCAACUCUCUGUGUUCUGUUUUCACGCUCACCAAGCCCACCCUAUGCAUCUUGGUCCUUUCUUCACACCAAUAAAGCUUUGGCAAAACA